AUGUCAACGAGUGAAGAGGAUCAAUUUGAAAUUUUGGAGAAUAAAGAGCCCGAAAAAGAGUCUGCUUGGGUUGAUGAGGAUGAUGCCCAACCCAAAGUUAUAAGAACACAGCAAUAUGAAGAGGUUUGGAAGCACAAAGAAGUCAAAGACGAACUUUCAGAAGAAGACAAAGAACUUUUGAAAAUCGACCCGAACGCUCCCAAGACGUCCACUCCACAUGAAAUCCCAAUGCGACGAUUUGAUGAAACGGUUCCUUUAUUAAGAAGUCACAAAGGUCCUGUUACAACAUGUCAGUUCCAUCAGACCGACAACGUUUUGAUGACGGGUGGCUAUGAUAAUCUUCUCCACUUCUAUCGUAUGGAAGGGUAUAAGGUUAACCCUAUUUUAGACGCCAGAGUUCCAUUCCGUGUUGAGACUGGGAGGUAUUUAGACGAUGAAAAUGUCGUUGCAUUGAGUGGGAAGCACUCAUUUUUCACUUAUAAUAUGAGGAGAGACGCGUCGACCACAUUUGAGAAGACUUUUACACCCGGGCAACUCAUCACACGUCUUGCUGUCGGGAAUCAAUACGUUGCCAUGUUGAACGACAAACAAAUGACAACGCCUUUGCUCGACAAGAAGUCCCUCCAAGUUGUUGAAAACUUGCGUUCGUCGACUCAAUUUCUUUCGAUGGCGUUCCAUCCAACGGAGAACGUGUUAGUGAUGACGGGAAGCAAAGCUUCAAUUUCAGUGUGGGACCUUCGAAAGAUGCGGUGCAGAGCUAUGUUAACUGAUGAAGGGUCUAUUAAUACUAUGAGUGUAGCUUUCUCACCAGAUGGAAAUUAUAUAUCCUGUGGAUCGACUGGGGGUAUCGUCAACAUUUAUGAGUGGAAGGAUAUAGAGAAGUCUAAUACCCCAACGCCGUUCCACUCCUUCAAUAAUUUGGUCUAUGACUGUACCCACAUCGUUUCAACAAAUUCUCUUCUCUUAAUGUCAACUUGGAAAGGAGAGAACCAACUCAAAUUGGGUAACAUCCAAAACAAGUUCACAUAUUCCAACUUCCCCGGGUUCGCUGGGUUGGGUAAAGUUCAAGAAUCGACUAUUUCGCCUCACUCCGCUUAUGUUGCUUCUGGGAGGUCUGGUGGAAGAGUUGCAUUGUUUAGGCUACUUGAUUAUAAUAAUUAUUGA